GCGAGACAGACGAUAUUUCAAAGUAGGUAUGUCGUUUUGAGGAAAACUCGUCCUAAAUAUAGGUCGGGAUUAUUUCUGAAGCGUGUGUCGCGCGCGCGCCGCCAUCGCAAUCCUAUCUCUAAUCUAAACAGAGCAAGUCUGGACGUUUACUACGGUUUAAAACAUUAUAAACCAGAUAAUUACAACGCCGGUAAUGAAAGCUAAUUAACGUUUAUCGCCUGUUAAAAUAGUAAGGAGUUUGAGGAAGUUUGUGAUGAGCAAGUAGACAUGUGAUCGAAGUUUGGACUCAAAAAUGAAAUUGCUAGUUUUGGUGUUAGUUGCGUUAGUAAAUUGUGUUGCGAUGGAUGAUAUCCAAAAAAUAGGAGGAAUACUUUAUGAAGACGCGAUGGACAUGAAAGCAGCAUUUGCCGUAAGCGCUGAAAAGUAUAACUUUGAAUACUCUAUAAAGGAAGUGUCACGGAGAGGCGGUAUUCUGCAAGUUACGAACUAUGUAUGCGAACUAGCGGAGGAAGGUGUGGUAGGGAUUAUAGACGGAAUCGGAGGGCGGGCCAGUGAGAGCAUUCAAGCUCUAUGCGAUAUACUGGAGCUGCCUCACGUGGUGGUACAACACAAUGACUGGUACUCAAAGAGCUGGUUUAUGUUGAACUUGUACCCUAGUCCUGAAAGUUACAAUAUGGUUUUAGAAGAAAUGGUGAAAAUAAAAGACUGGAACAACUUUACGUUGUUGUAUGUGAAAGGCCAUAGUUUGAUGAGUAUGGCCAAUCUGAUGAUGAUGGGUAACCACAGUGACACGUUUACAGUCAGCGUACGGGAACUUGGAGGAAAUGAUUAUCGGGAUGUUCUCAUAAAUGCAAAAGAAAAUGGCUACAAGAACUUUGUAGUGGAUUGUCCAUCGAGGCACUUGGAGCAGCUUUUGAAGCACGCACAGCAAGUCGGGCUCAUGGCAGACGAGCACUCGUACAUCAUCACGACACCAGACUUAUUUACCGUGGACCUGAGCCGAUACAGAUACGGCGGGGUUAACAUGACUGGUUUUAGAUUAUUGGAACUAGUGUCCAACGAAGUGCUUUGGGAAUUUACGGAUAGCUUGAACAAUAAUACAGGAAAUGAAGCAAAACCUGAAGAAAUUAAAACUAACGUAUUGUUAAUCCACGAUGCCAUACUUGUUUUUAACGCGUCUUUGAAAAAACUCAAUGUUACUUCUAGCAAACUAAGCUGUGAUAAUUCAGUGGCUUGGGAACAUGGAUCUUCUUUACUGAAUUUUAUGAGAACCAACAAAAUUGAAGGUCUCACUAGAACGUUAGCGUUCGAUGGAUAUGGACAGAGAACUGAUGUCAAAUUUGAUAUACUGGAGUUGACUUCUGCUGGCAACCAAACGAUCGGAGCGUGUACUUCAAAGUCCUUAGUAAUGGAUAGACCUUUUAUGCCUACCUCUGAAAUAGGUCAAGAAUCUGUUUUAAAAAACAAGACGCUAAGAGUUCUGAUUGCUUUGACAAAACCUUAUGCUUACAUUAAAAAGUCAACAUCUCAAUUGGAUGGAAAUGAUCGAUAUGAAGGUUUUGCUAUCGACCUUAUUGACAAACUUUCUGAAAAAUUAGGCUUCAAUUACGAAUUUGAUGAAGAAUCAGACUACGGAUCAUACGACAAAGUUAAGGGAUGGACUGGAAUGUCACUACAGAUUAUAGAGGAGAAAGCAGAUCUCGCCAUUUGUGAUCUGACUAUAACAGCAGAGCGACAAACUGGAAUUGACUUUUCGACUCCUUUCAUGACCUUGGGCAUCGGCAUUCUGUACAAGCAGCCAAGCAAACAACCUCCGGAAAUGUUCUCAUUCAUGGCUGUAUUUUCAAAAGAGGUUUGGUACUACAUGUUACUAAUUCAAUUGGGUCUAGGCGUUAUCAUGAUAUUUGUGGGUCGAAUUUCCCACCGAGAGUGGCAGAAUAUAAACCCAUGCGUCGAACAACCAGAGGAAUUGACCAACCAGUUCAGUUUCGCCAAUUCUGUCUGGCUUAUUAUUGGUUCUGUCAUGCAACAAGGAACAGAAAUAGCUCCAAUCGCUUUAGCCCCACGUAUGAUCACAAGUAUAUGGUGGUUCUUUACGAUGAUCAUGGUGGCAUCAUACGUCGGUACUCUGGUGGCGUUCUUGACUGUCGAGAAAAAUGUGAUGCCUUUUGAAACCGUACAAGAACUAUACGACCGUCAGAAUAUUCCGUAUGGAGCCAAAAAGAAGGGAUCUACCAGACAAUUUUUUGAGAAAGCAACAAAUCCAACGUACCAGAAGAUGUUUCAGAAGAUGAAUUCUAAAGGUUGGCUGUUAGAGAACAAUGACUUAGGUGUAGACAUGACUGAAAAUUCCUCCUGGGCUUUUUUCAUGGAAUCAACAUCAAUAGAAUAUUACAAAGAGAGACACUGCGAUUUACUUCAAGUCGGCGGUUUAUUAGACUCCAAGAGCUACGGGAUUGGAUUGAAGAAAAAUUCUCCAUACAAGAAGCACAUUGAUGAAGCCCUGCUGCAGCUAAAGGAACAGGGUAUCAUCCAGAAGUUAAAAGAUCUUUGGUGGAAAGAAAGAAGAGGAGGAGGAAAAUGUGGUGAAAAAAGAGACGAGGAGCAAAAGCAGUUAGGCAUGAAGAACAUGUUGGGUGCGUUCGUGGUGCUCGGCGUCGGCAGCCUCAUCGGCCUCCUUAUAUCUAUCCUGGAUAUGCUCUGGGGAGUUUUCAAGAGAUCUGUCAAAUAUAGUACAACGUUCAGAUACGAACUAGUUGAAGAACUAAAAUUCGCGCUGAAAUUCAGCGGUGACGUGAAACCUGUGAAGCGUUCUCCAAAGACCAAUGACGGCAGCGCUGAAGUUCUCGCUGAACAAGAGGCUGAGGGCAAGGACGAGGUUCGGUCCCUUCGCUCCAUCAAAUCCGGGAGGUCAUUGUCCUCUCGAAGAACCGCUACUUCGCAUUCGAGCUCACAUCAUUCUCGCCACUCCCUCUCGCCUUUGAGUAUCGCUUUUGCUAAGCGACGACAGUAUUAAGUGAAAAAAAAUAAAAUAAGAUUAUAUACAAAUUAAAUAAUACUCGUAUUUUUUUUAUUGUUAUUGGUUGAAUUCUAUUCGUGAUUGUGCAAGGCAUUUUGAAAAUUUAUGUUUUGUUUUAUAUUUGUUGGUGGUGUUAUGAUCUCUGUAGGUAAUGUGUAUUUUUAUGCAAACUGCUGAUAUGCUUAUUUUUCUCUUAAAAUAUGCUUUAUUGCAACUGUUCUAUUUGUCAAUG